UACUAAUUUAUGGAACAUGAAGACCACAAUCACACAAGUUUGGUGGCCAUAACAUGCCAAACCAAUAUGCUCCUUCCAAGAAUUUCAAAGUGGAAUUUUAGGGUGGUUAAACUUUCACGAGGAAGAGUGCCUGGAAAUAUUAUCCAAUGUCAUUAUGCUGACGGUGCUGAAGUUGAACUCAUUUUCUUAAUACCGACUUCACAUUUUUAUUGUAGUUCAUACAUCAUUUUCUUCUUCUCAAGGGUUGAUUGUUUGAAGAUAAAUAGAUGUCAUAAAAAUUACAAGAAAUUUGGUAGAGUAGAGAAGAGAGUUCAUUUGGAGGGCCACUGGUAAAGAGGAAGCACAUCAUAAUCAAUUUAAAGAAGCAGAGCAGAGUAUUGAUAUGAAUGGUUUCAUCAAAUAAGAACACUCUCUUACAUUUCGAGGAUCUGGCACUCCCUUCGGUAUGUUUUCUGGGUCCCUUUCUUUAUAUCAAGUUCGUAGCCAUGGGUUUCUCGCUUGCUUCAUCAUUCUUCAUAUAUAAUUUUAGUUUCUCGAUUCUGCAUCAUUGUUAUCUUGCUUUAGCUUGUCUCUCUACUUUUGCUUUUCUUGAUUUGAUUAUGAUUAAUCUAGGCAGAUUUCUGCAACCUCUCCUUUUGAUGCUUCAUCCAUGAUUGUGAUGUUUUUAAACUGAAUUUUCAUAUCAAAGGCUAAUUUCAUAUGGGAAUGGCCGAAAUUCCAAAACGUGUACAGACAAAUGAAGUUCACUUUGAUUCCAUUAUUCAGAUAUCACAUUCCUUAAUCUUCAGUUUCAGAUCAUAGUGAUGACUGCAAACAUGGGCUGCGCUCAAUGUCGAAAGAAAGUCUCCCAAGUUGUGUCUAAAAUGAAAGGAUUGAGAGAAUACAUAGUGGAUGUAAGCAAUAAAAAAGUUAUUGUUAAGGCAGAUUUAGGGUUUCAUUGGAAUGUGAAAGAUGAUCUUUCUGAGAGUGAAAAGAGAAAGGAUUGGCAUCCACUUGAAGUGUUCAAGUGUUUGAGCCCAAUUUGUUUCAAGAAACAACUAGAAGCUGAUUGAGCAUUGCCAGGACAAAAUUGUAUCAUGUUAUUGUAAUUGAUUGGAGACUAAACAUUGUUUGUAUGAUCAAGAUGCUGUAAUUCCUUUGCAUCGAUCUUACUCCAAUUUUAUCCCAGCCAGUUGGUUUAGAUUUCAGAUAUUUUCCUUUUUCUUUAUAAAUGAAAACCCUCUAAGAACAUGGUUGCUCCGAUUGCCAGGGCAGGAGAUUCAAAACCCAAAUGUUUUAAUUCAUGCGUGGGAUAACAUAUGAACUGUACCCCGAUCAUACUACAGUUUCUUGAAUGAUUAUUUACGGUGAAGUGAAGCAGAGUGAUGAACAGAGGAACAAAAGGAAUAACAUUCCUCAGCAACACUGAUCUCAAAACCCUGUCUCAUCCAUGGCAGUAUCAAAUAUUGCUUCCCUAAACCCUAAUACCAUUAGGAAUUUCCAUAGAAGAGAGAAGGACAUAGGCUUGAAAUCCAAAAGGAAAAACACGAGUAGAUGAGGUAGAUCAAGCAAAGUAAAAUCAACCAAGUUGCCCCUGGAAACCAAAGCUAAAGAUCCAAUACAUGAUGUUCCAUGAGACCUUAAAACAUGAAAUUCAAAAACAUAAUAAAGACAAAAAAAGAAAAAAAGAGACCCAAAAGGCCAGAAUCACUAGAAACCCCUCGUUCAAACUCCACAUCCACCGUAUAAUAAGUCACAUUUUUACCAAAGUUGAGAACCCUCAUCUCCUCUUCUUAAACAAGCUUGAUCUUAUGCGCUGCAAUCCUAAGCAAACCAUUGUUGACCACAGAUUUGAUCUUGUCACUUUAGUAUCUCACAGGACCUGAGUGUUAGUGUUGAAGGAGCGAUACACAGAGGGAGCAGCCACUGAAACGUUAACGUACUAGUGAAAGAUUGACCAGCUUCGAAAGUAGAGUGGAGACAGGGACUCCUCUUAAAGCAAUAGAUGAUUCCAUCUCUUCUAAAACACCGAAGGACAUAGCUCUUUCUUAUCAGAUUUUUUUGUUUUGAUAGUGUUUUGUAUGAGGAUUUACGUUUCAAGCAAUGACAUUUCUUCUAGAAUUUGUUUAGGAAUU